AUGAGUAAUCGAGAGGUGGUAGUUCUGAGCGUCGGAGGUGUGAGAUUUGUAACCCAGGCUUCCACCUUGCAGCAGUUCCCUGAGUCCAGGCUAGCACGGAUGUUGAACAAUGAUGACUGGGAAUUUAAACUGGUGAAUGGAGAGUUUUUUGUGGACAGAGAUGGAACUUUGUUUAGUUACAUCAUGGACUUCCUGAGGACUCUCCAGGUCUCCUUACCUACCGAUUUCUCAGACUAUCAGAGGCUGCAGAGAGAAGCAGAAUUCUAUGGGCUCUACCCUCUGGCCGACCUCCUGAGCCAGGAACACUUGCUGAAGCCGAGGCUGGAGAUCUUGGAAGUGCGUUUCUCUCUCCAAGAGAUGCAGGCCUUUUUCCGGAUCUUUGGCUCCUGCAGUACCACUGUGGAGACUCUAGCUGAACAGAUCACUGUGUUUACAGGGCAGCAAUCAGGACAGAGCUGGAACAGCCCUUUUCCUUCUCAGAAACCACUUGUUCCAGUUCCUUUGGAAAGACCAUCUCAUCACGACAUGGUUUUUCGGUGUGGUACUGACUACUCUGCUGGUGACCAGUUUGUGGCCAGGUAUGUUUCCAUAAAGCCUGAUAAUAGAAAGCUGAUUAACGGUACGAAUGUGCUAGGCCUGCUGCUUGACACUUUACUCAAAGAUGGAUUUCACCUCAUAAGUGCCAGGACCAUCUCCAGUGAAGAAAAAGUCGAAUGUUACAGUUUCGAAAGGAUGAAGAGGCCAGCAGGCCUUACCAUCACAGUGGACCAAACCCCAGGGAGCUCCGGGAUAGCACAGGCAAAGAGAAGCCAAGCGCAGAAAGGGAAAUAA